GAAGUCACUCAUUCUCCCUGUUCACAUUUACUGAGAGCUGACACCUGACAGUCUUUUAGUACCACAUACACACACAUACACAAUGGCUGGAUCCGUGCUGCCCAGUGGUGGUCAGAUUUUUACCACCAUGCCUGAUAUUCUCUUCAUCCCAGAGUUUGUGUUUGGUGGACUGGUGUGGACCCUUGUAGCUUCCACACGUGUGACAGAAGCGAAUCCUCUUGGCUGGGUCAUGUUUGUGUCCAUAUUCUGCUUUGUCUUCACCACUCUCUGGUUCCUCAUAUUCAUUAUUGGUAAAAACAAGAGCAGCGCCUGGCCUGUCCUGGAUGUUAUAUAUCAUGCCAUUGCUGUGCUCUUUUAUUUGAGUGCCUCUGUGCUUCUGGCUUUAGUGACCUUGAAUUUGAAGACAACACUCGAUAUUCUCGAUGUUUUCGUUCUCCCUGAUUAUUUCAAGACGUACCAGGAGUACAUUUCCGCUGUGGUGUUCGCUUUCGUUACCACAUUGUUGUACUUCAUUCACGCAAUCCUCUCUGCUCUCCGAUGGAAGUCCUCUUGAAAAUGUGAAGCUACAGAAAUGAAACACUUUUUUAGAAAACAUCACUGAAAAGGCAGAGAUGAACCAAACAACAAAAUAAACAUAUUACAGCAAAUCCUUACACCCUUACCCAAAGUAACUAUCCGUAUCAACCAACAGGAUACCAGGGACAAACCUACCACCUAAACUAAUUAGCCAAACAAACCAGGAGGAUAUCAGAGACAGAUAUUUACCUUAACCAGGUAAUCAGUCAACCAGCAGAAUAUCAGAAAUAACAUCCUACCAUAACCAAGCACCUAUGUUGACAGGAUAUUUGAGGAGGUGCUUGAUAUGAAAGUAGGAGGUGAAAUGUUUUUCUUUUUUUCUUUACUUUUUGUUCGUUUACUUUAAUAAAUCUGUAUUUCUGAUCAUUGGAAAUAAAAAAUAGAUCUUGAUUUA